AUGGCUGCAGGUACAAACGUUCUCGAGCUGACUACGACGAACUGGGCUGGCAACAUAGUCUUCCAUAGAGAUGUCCUCCAAGAGGCGGAUUCGGUGGAAAAGAUCCGCACCCUGGUGAAAUCUAAAGGAAAGGUGAAGGCGCUAGGCUCUGGGCACUGCUUCAACACAAUAGCAGACACUGAUGACAACCAGCUGUCGCUAAAGCCGAUGCAUAAAGUGUUAGCCCUCGACGACAAGGCCCGCACAGUGACGGUGGACGCAGGCAUCACAUACGCUCAGCUCUGCCCAUACCUGGAUAGCAAGGGCUUUGCGCUCCACAACCUGGCCUCACUCCUGGACACCACAGUUGCCGGUGCCAUCAGCACUGCCACGCACGGCUCGGGCAAUAAAAACGGGAACCUCGCUACUGCCGUCUACGCCCUUGAAUUCGUCCAUGCAAACGGAGAUGUGGUGAAAUAUUCACGCGGAUCAUCUCAUUCGGACGAAUUAAAUCCCAUUCAGGCAGUCGUGGUCGGACUAGGAGCUCUUGGCGUCAUCACCCGGAUCACCCUGGACAUUCAACCGACCUACACUGUGCGUCAGUGGGUAUACGAAAAUUUACCCCUCGAGGAACUGGCAGAAAACUUCGACGCCAUUACGUCGGGCGGAUACAGCGUCAGUUUCUUCACCGACUGGCAGAAGAAGCGCAUCAAGCAGCUUUGGAUCAAAGUCCGGGAGGGUUACGGACAGCCAUUCUGGGGCCCCAAGAAAUACUUCGGCGCGACCCUUGCUACACGAAAGCUUCAUCCUAUCGAAGGAUUUAAUGCGGCGAAUUGUACCGAUCAACUAGGCAUACCCGGGCCGUGGUACGACCGUCUGCCGCACUUUCGCCUGGGAAGCAUCCCGAGCGCGGGAGACGAACUGCAAUCAGAGUAUAUCGUGGCUCGCAGCGACGCGGUGGAUGCGAUUCUGGCGGUAGAGACCCUGGGAAACCAGAUCGGCCCGCAUCUCUUCGUCUCCGAGAUCCGCACCAUCGCAGCCGACGACCUGUGGAUGAGCACCGCGUAUGGGCGUCAGAGCGUGGCCAUUCACUUCACUUGGAAGAACGAAUUGGCAGCAGUGCAGCGCUUGAUGACUCUGAUCGAGGGCAAACUCGCUCCCUUCCACCCUCGUCCUCACUGGGGCAAGCUCUUCACUGUGCCCCCGGCUGAGCUCCACUCUGAGUACGAAAAGCUCCCUAGUUUUCUUCGCAUGGCCGAUGAACACGAUCCUUCCGGCAAGUUCCGCAACGACUUCCUCGACACCAACCUCUUCUCCUCUUGA